AUGGAUAGCAGCGAUGGGCAGGUCGAGGCCAUGCCUGGACCUGGCUGGUCAAAAGAAGAGCUGGAGGAAAUACUGUGGUUUUACCGGACUGAGGACUCAACACCAUGGAAUAUUGCUGUCCUUGUCCUUUCUUCUGCAGUAUUGAUUCUGAGUGUUUUCCUUCUGGGGAGGAAUAUCAUGGCAAACAGAAAUCGGAAGAUGAAUUCCCACGAUAAACAAACAGUGGAAAUCAAACCCUCUGUUCAGACUAUAAACAACAAGGAUUCUGUGUCAGCAAAAGAUGAUAACAGCUUGAAUAUUUUAAAGGAAACAUUGCUCUUCGAAAGCCAAAACCCAGAAGAGGCGAUGAUUGAAUCGAAAGAGGCUGAUAUAGUCAUUUCCCCAGAGUCCUCAGAGGCUGGCAUCUAGUGGGAUUUCUUAUGGUGGGCCGAAAAAUGAAAACCAAGGAAAUAUUUUCAAUACCAGGUGCCUGCUUGGUGGGUUAAGUUAAAACCGACAAAGUUCUGCUAAAAACAUCAUUAUGGCCAAAGACUGUUAAUAGACACUAGCUAGGGGGCCAGAUAUUUUAUAUUUAAGCAAAACUAAAAGAUAAAUCACAAACUAAAAUGUUUCUUUAAGAAUUCUUUAUUAAAAUGUUUCCAGAAGCGUUUAACCAAACUUGCCUAUGUAUUCAAAUAGUUAAAUGCACACAGAUGUGAACCAAACUGCAACGAACUGUAUAUACAGAAAGGCACAGCCAAAAGUGGCCUGACCCCGAGGACGUACAUUCCUCACGAGUCUCUUUCAUACUGUCCUUAAGCUAUAGAGGCAAUGCCAAAAAACUUAUGGAAAAAUAAUAGUUUUAUUGACAAAGAAUGUUUUAAGGAUCAGAGUUCUGCCUAAGCAUAUCUAUGAUUUCACAUAAUGCAUUUCUUAAUCUAAACCAGUUUCAAUAAUGGUACUUUGAAUGAUGCUUGCUCUGUGGGUCAUCAAUGUAUUAUUUUUAGUUCUGGAUAUUAUUUUCACUAAGUUUUUUUUCUCCCAAUUGUUAACAUGACUUCAAUAGGAGGCUGUAUCCUGAGUAAGGAUAUUGGAAGAUCCUCUUUGGGAUCUGCUAAGUGACUGAAGGAUGGAAUAGAAUGGGGUAACUUUAGAAAUGAAUGCUAAACAAAAACAAGCAAACAAACAAAACAACAAAAAAAGAAGAGCUUCAGAUAUCCAUGUACAGUCAAUCUGUAAAUUCUUUCACUAUCAUCUAAGCAAAAACAAAGGCCCUUGGGGCAGCUAGUGGAUAUCUCAGUGGGUAGAGAGCCUGGCCUGGAGAUCUGACCCCAGAUGUGUCCUAGCUGUGUGACCCUGGG